UAUUUGUGAGAUUGACAGCAAAAACUGUGAAGUAUACAGCGAUUUGUUUUCCUGAACUUAUCAAUAUCAUUAUUUUCCUCCGUUUCUCGUCCUUCCUUAAUUAAUUACUCAUUAUGGGUCGAUAUUUGGAGUUGUUGGACAUGUCCUAGCCAAAUAUAAUUUAGUAAAUUGGUUAAUAUAUACGUGUUAUUUGUCGUAAAGAUGCAGCCUUUAUAUUCUGUUGACCAUGAGACUCGUCACAAUACCAAUCACACCGAGGAAGAACCUCCUACUCCGGUAACAUCAGAAGAAAAUACUCCGCUGCUUCAUCGGUUCCCGCACACUGGGUCGGAACGGAAUCCCGUGACAACUGUCAUUGUCAGCUUGCUCCUGGUGAUACUCAUAGGUGGUGUCAUCAUCGGAAUAUAUCUCCUCAUUUUACAGAAUGAUUCUGAAAAUAUUUUACCACCAGUAGAACGACCGCUGCAGUUAGUCAGCAGAUCACAAUGGGACACUAGUGAUGCAGACCAGAGCGCUUUAAGAUCAUUCCCAUACAGACUGAGAGCGGUCACUGUUGUUCAAACGGGAACGGAACGAUGCAACAGUACGGAGUCAUGUACGAAACUACUAUUGGAAAUGCAGGCCAACGCUACUGCAGUGAACUCCACGCUACCAUAUAAUUUCUUGAUAUCGUCCAAUGGGCAAACGUAUGAGGCACUCGGCUGGCUCAAGUGUAUUCCUCAGGCGACGAAGACCACAAUGCCUACUGGACUGCUUUUAGCUUUUAUAGGAAAUUUCACCGAAACACCACCGACGCGGCUACAGGUACAAGAAGCAAAGAACUUCUUCGAUACAUCGGUGAGCCAACAGUACUUGCAUCCAUCUUACCGCAUAUUCGGUAAAAAUACAAGCGAUACGCCGACACACUUGAUCGACAGCCUUAAGACGUUUCCGCAGUGGAGCAGCGAAUUUUCAGAUAAAAAUUGAACCUUAUACCCACUGUAAUAGCGUUGGUUUGUAAUGUAAAUUUGGAGGUUGUCCUUCAAUUAUUUGGGCUUGACAAUUUACCUUAUUGGUGAAUUGUAGUAUCAGUCCUUUUUGGUUCGAAUUGAAAGUAAUAUUUACAGUAGUAGAUGGUUAAUUAAACAGUACAUUUGAAUGUUUUUCCUUAACAUAGUAGAACUAUUUUUUGUAGAGCUCUGUAGCAUUGAAUAAAGAUAUACCGAUAGAUAUUUAUAAUAGUAGUAAUUCAUAAACGUAACUUUAUGGACUUGACUAGUGAGAGUAGCUGUAAGGAUGAAAAGAUUUUAAUCGAUAGCAAUGCUCAGAACACUUCUAUAGUAUUUAUCGAUUACUGUUUUGUUAUGAUAGUUCUCGAAUUAUUUCAAUUUUACUCCAACCUUUCGAUUGGAAUUAGUUAUUACUUACCUACUAAACUACGAAACAUCAUUCGAUUAUAGGCAUUGCGUCGAUUUAUAACAAGUAUGUUAAAGGAAAAUAAUACUUUUAAUUUAAACCAAUCAGUAGGUAUUCGUGCAAUAAUUUUUGAAAACCAUUAUUAUUAGUAGGUAAAUGGAAUUUAGGAUUUUGUUUCGGUAUGAAUAAUUUAACUUUUGCAAUCCCAACGAAGCGUUCACAUCACAUUUAUCAAGUGUUUAGAACACUUAUUACAUUUAUUUAAUUGUAUUUAUUAAUUCAGUUCUACUUUUUUUAUUUAAAUUCGCUAGCACACGUCUAUAAUCUUCUAUAAAAACUUAUUACAAAAAAUAUAUCAGGCUGGUAAAAAUCAAAGCCAUAUAUUACUCGACGGUUCUAGAAAAAAAUAAACAACCGCUUGAUACCUACGUCACAGGGUUUAUUGACCUCAUAGUAGUUGAAUAUGGAUUAAAGGAGGCUUAAUUACUGUUUUACAAUGUAAUAAUACUUUAACAUUACAUGCAACUCUUUCUGUGUAUUUUUACCGUAAGGAAACAUUACGGGUUUUUCCAAAACAUACGCCCGAUUAAAGUACAUUAAUCUAAUAUUUUUUUAUUGGAAUACCAACUUUAGAAUGUUGUGUUAAAGUCGUCAAUCAAUUGAUUUGAAUUGACAGUUGUUCAUUAGUAAAUGUUUUUUUAAUCAAUUUAACGUUAAGAAUCUCUACAAUAGUUUGAAAAUAAUGAAUAAGUAUGUGCAAUAGUGGUGUUCUAAUGUUAUAUACAUAGCUAUAAUCUCGAAUUAUCUUUAGUUUAUAGUAAUGUAGUAAUGAGUUGGUAAAGUUUUGUAUGUGGUGGAUAAAAAGUAGCCUUUACUUAUAAUUUAUCGUUUGAGAAUAUGAAACUAUUUAUAGAGAUUAGAGACAUAAUAAUUAAUGUUUUUGUGGUUCACUGACUACCAAGAAGCUCUAGUAAAAUUCCAAAAUUAUUUUUCUAGAUGAUUCAUAUAUUUUGAACAACAUAAUAUCAACCAUCUAAAAAAAUAACCUGUUUUGCAAAUGUGGUUGUUAUUCUUAGUAUUCUUAGGCGAUCCAAAAAUAUGAACAUAGUUUUUUCUCUCUUUACAUUGUUUAUUGUUUGUUAUACUUUGUUUUACUAGAUUUUUUAUUGCAUUUCCUAUUAACUCAUUGCCAUAUAGGUACGUACUACCGAAGAGCUCGAUUCGUAUACCAAAAAUGUAUAUUUUUAAUAAGUUAAUUACAAUUUUAUGUUUAUGAGGUAUUAAAAUGGCAUAAUGUGUUUGUAUUCUUCGAAAUGGAAUGGGAAAUACGUUAACAUUUAAUAAUGUUUAUAUGACUCAAGUAUUUGGAAAAUAUGGCGUCAAAAGUUAUAGUACCCUUAGUAUGAGCUUGUUUUACGUUUAAAGAAAUCCGGAUUGAUCCGGAUUAAAGCAGUCCUGAUUGGCCGGCUCGAAUAAAUCAACCAAUCAAAGCAUCGAAUGCACUCUCGAUUCGACUAUUUUAAACGUAACGCAAUCUCGUACUAGGAUACAGGUUUAUUUGUGGGUAUGCGGUAUAGUUAUUGAAAUAAUAAAUUCAUCUAUUUAAUUAUGUAGUGGUUGAUAUAAAUAUUAAUGAGUGGAUUUUUUUAUUGUAAUGACGAUAAUAGUUGCCAAUAAAUUACUAGUUUUUGUUUUCAUUGUAACCAUUCCUUUGUUGUAUAUUAUCUGAAUAUAGGAAGCUAUUUAAAUGAAGUGAAGUUAUUCAGAAUUAAAUAUUUUUUUUAUAGAAUCGACAUUAGAUCACAGUUAUUUUAAUUUUACUUUAUGAAUUAUUUGUUGUAAGUUAUGUUUUGUAAAUAUACCUAGUGUGAAUUUUAAAUAACCGCUUUCUUUAUGAUGUUGUUUUAAACAAUCCUCCUUCAAUUUUCAGUUAGUUGGGAAUUAUUGUAACCUCGAAUGUCUUAAUUGACUGGACUAUAAGGCCUUUUGUACACAAAUGGUUUUUCCUUGUGAACACCUACGAUUUUAUUUAGUCAGUGCUCAUGCGCUGGCGCCGGGGCGUGUGGGCCGUUUGUAAGCUUCCAUUGUAUUUCAUACAACUCCAAUGACCGUGCCUACAUACGGAGAAUAUAAGCGUAUGUGUACAAGAGGCCUAAAGAAAAAUGGAAAAGGUUUUUUUAAUUUUAUGGUUUUUUAUUCACUCGGGAUAUUCCCGCCAGCCUAAAGUCAGGUAAUUGGUAAACGCGGGUCAGUGCCCUCUUGUCAUGAUUGGCCUAUUCAUGUCACUGCGGCUGUGAGGAUGCUGUCAAGUUCAUUUAAUACAACCAUUUUUUAUUCAGUUUAACAUUGCAUUACAGUUAUACAUUUAUACGGUACAUAGUGGGUAUGAAACAAAAAAAACAUAUAUACAUGCAUAGUAUAUUUAUUUUGUGUUUGCUGUCUAGAAAGUUAUCAUUUCGCGACGGGAGACCGAUCAUGUAAAAUUCUGCACUGUUUAUUAAAGUUUGUAUUUAUUAUUUAGAGUAUUUCGAUAUUUAAGUUAUAAAGAAGAAAUAUAGCCAAUUGUAUAUGAUUAUUAAACAUGCAUAUUAUUCAAUAAUAAAUAUCAAUAUAAUGUAAUAGAAUGAAUGUAUUUUAUGUAGCGAUUUAGCAUCGAACUUUUCGCUAGGGGACAUUUACAAAAUACUGAAACUAUCUAGCUGUUUUGUGAAGGUUAGCAUUGAAAGUAAAAACUAAGGCUGAUUGAAAUAAUGCUAAAUAGCAGGAGGAAUCAAGCCGUAAAACAAUAAAAAGCUUUUAAGCAAUGAUAACGUAUUUGAUUUUCAUCUUUGGAUGCGUUUCUAUCCACUACUAGAGGCAGGCCUGUGUGUUGCAGAGUUGCGUUGUGGUUCAUUGUGUGGGUGAGGUUACGCUCAGUUCCCAAUCUUUCCAAUACGCGAUUUCCCACCAACCCUUUAAUUCCUAACCCCAAAAGGCCGGCAACGCACUUGUAAGGCGGCGGAGAUUGCUUAUCAUCAGGAUCAGGUGCACCGACCACUGCGUACUUUCUUUACUUUACUCUGUUGUAACUGUCCCCUAGCGAAUCCAUUAAAAUAAAUACUCAAACUCGCCCCAAUAGUCAAGUCAGUGUUGUAUAAUAAUUUAUUUAUUUUAUUUUAGCCAAAUUAAUUAUAAAUUAUAUUUGAUUAACUAUUGUUUUGUUCGUAUUAUGGCACGAUAGAGUGGCUUCUAGUACACACGUUAUCCGUAGUGUAAUAAAAUAAAUAAAGAAUUAUUCUGAAAAUAUUCGUCCUAGUGGUCACAAUUCGUUACCAAAUGCGCACAAGACAAUUUUUCCAAAAGGAAACAUUGGGCUAAAUUAGUGAGUAAAUUAUGUCAAAAUACUAUUGUAUUUGUAUUCAAGGAAAAUGUUAUUAAUUACCAUAAUAAUUGAUGUGAUAUCGUUAGAUUAGUGUCCACAUGUUGUUUAAGGAAUAAUAAAUUUUACAAAAUAUAUUAAA